GAACCAUAGACAGUAAAAGAAAGGAACAGGGUUGGGCACCACUGGGCUCAAUAGUAGCUGAGUUAACGCUAGAUGGCGCCCUGCACCUUCAUCUAAAAAGCAUACUCGCAUUCAUAUCACAUCACUGAGGCUGAGCCACACACUUUGCAUUUGUGGUGCACGGUGACUUCUCGUGAAAUCUCGCGAUGGCUGACUCAGACGAGAACACAGCACGGGGGAAAAUGACGUCUUGUCAACAACACUAACAAAGUGAAAAAGACAUGCAUAUAUAUUGUUAACAGACAUGCCACAAAGUCCCACUGAAUAGCCACCCAGCCAAAAGUGCCCACAUCCCGCUGUCCCCAUGACAACCCCUCCUCUGGCCCAGUUCCCUGGGCAACCGGCUCAGGCAGCUCGGGAUGUGAACACAGCCUCGCUAUGUCGGAUCGGACAGGAGACGGUGCAGGACAUCGUCCUACGAACCAUGGAGAUCUUUCAGCUGCUGAGAAACAUGCAGCUGCCAAACGGAGUCACCUAUCAUCCUAACACUCAUCAGGACCGGUUGGGGAAACUGCAGGAGCACUUGCGGAUGCUCUCUGUUCUUUUCCGAAAGCUCCGUCUUGUCUAUGACAAAUGCAAUGAAAAUUGUGCUGGUCUGGACCCCGUCCCUCCUGAGCAACUCAUCCCCUAUGUAGAGGAUGACAGUUCUAAACUGGAUGACCGAAUGGCCAAUCAAAUCCGUGCAGCCAGUGAAGAGAGAAGAGAAGUACUGGAAGUUAAUAAGAAACUCAAACAGAAGAACCAGCAGCUAAAGAUGAUUAUGGACCAGCUCAGAAACCUCAUCUGGGAGAUCAACUCCAUGCUGGCUGUCAGGAGCUGAAACACACAUGUGCGUGUACACACAGAGUCAGUGUUGUACAUACCGAGCCAGUGUUCGCUGCAUUCAUGAGCUCUGCUUUCAGCGGGACACGUAAGAUAGAUGCAGGAAAGAGCAGCGAGGCACAAAAUUGAGAGAAGGUAGGAAGCGAAAAGAGGACUGAACUGAAGAAAUUCUGCUGCAUUCAUAACACACGGUUGAAAUACCAUUUGGUUCAGCUGACUUGGAUUCAAUUUUCAACCUGAUGAACAUUAGGAGGUCUGAGCAAGUCUGCUCAUUCACUCAGAUAUGCUUUAAGAUCAACCUUUUACGCAAGUAUAUUCCUCAUAUUUUGCAUGAGCGAUAGCUCCUAUUUACUGUUAAACUUAGUUCUCAAUCAUAACUUACAGAAAAAAUUUGUGUGAAACAUAUUGCAUAUCAGUGUGGUGUUAAUAUAUCCAUAAAGUAUAAACCUUAUACCA